AACUCAUCUAACGAUCACUAUAUCAUCUCUCAAUUAUCUUUAUAUUACACCUUCGUUCACUGAAUAAUACUCUCUCUCUAUCUCUCCAAGUUUAAAGACCUCUUCUUUCCCGAUCAAAAACCCUGUUUAGGGUUUAUACACUUUCUCAACAUUUCAAGGCUGCAGCUAUGGCUUUCUUCAGUAAAGUUGGGAAUAUACUCAAACAGAGCGUGAGCAAGCAGAUGACCUCGCAAAUUACAGUAUCUAACCCCUCUAUUUAUCAGGCUCUAAGAUGCAUGUCAUCUUCAAAAGUCUUUGUUGGAGGUCUCUCGUAUGCUGUAGAUGACACAUCCUUAAGGGAACAUUUUUCUCAAUAUGGUGAAGUUGUUGAAGCUAGAGUCAUUGUUGAUCGUGAGCAGAAUAGAUCAAGGGGUUUUGGUUUUGUUACAUUUACUUCUAGUGAAGAGGCUUCCAGUGCUAUCCAGGCUUUGGAUGGACAGGAUAUGCAUGGCCGUAGGGUGAGGGUCAACUAUGCAACUGAUAGAGCACCAAGACCAUUUGGUGGGGGCGGCGGCUACGGUGGCGGCGGCUAUGGUGGUGGAGGUGGUUAUGGUGGUGGUGGCGGUGGCUAUGGCGGAGGGCAAAAUUACGGUGGUGGCGGUUAUGGUGGAGGGCAAAAUUAUGGUGGGGGCGGUUAUGGUGGGGGCGGUUAUGGUGGAGGGCAAAACUAUGGAGGAGGAAACGCUGGGGGCUAUGCUCCAAGUGGACAGUAUGGUGGUAGUGGUGGAGGCGGUGGAAGUUAUGGUGUUGCUGGUGGAGUUGGUGGAAGUGAUUCCUACUUCGGUGGUGGUGCCGCUGGUGGUAAUGUCACCGCUGAGACUGGCUUCGGUAGCAGUGGACUUGAAAAUGGUACAGCAGACCAAUUUGACAGCAACUCAAACAGUGGCAUCGGUGGUGAUGUUGGUGACUUCGAGUCUAAGGGUCCCCUGGAAGAGAACUUUAGGGAUGAUGAGCCUGAUGAUUUCGCGAAGAGGGCUUGAUCUUUUCUUAGGUUACAACAAGUCUGAGUGCUGGCAACAUGUGAAGAACAUAAAUUUGAUUCCUGCAACAAAUAUGCUGUCGGACAUUCAUUUUACUGCUAGGACGGACUAUCUUGAGUAUAAUUUAUUUUUCUAUUAUCUACUCGUUUAUCUUUGUCAUCGUUGAAGACUUCUAGUUUUUGGUCGCUUGAAGUUGGAGCUGGGGAACUUGUUGAACUCUUUGCAAUGAUAAUUUUAAUGUCAGUUUUCCCUAA